GCGGCGGGGCGAGCUGCGCGCGUGCGUUCGCCUCCCCAGACGCUGGCGUGGCGGCGGCGGCGGCGGCGGCGGCGGCGGCGGCUCGAACCCCCGGCCGAGGCGCUUCGCCCGGCCUGUACGCGCCGCAGUUCCGAGCCGAGAGCAGCUGCGGCAGCAGCAGCGGCAGCAGCAGCGGCAGCAGCAGCGGCAGCAGCAGCGGUAGCGGCAGCGGUAGCGGCAGCGGCAGCAGCAGCAGCAGCACAGUCCGCCGCGCGACGAUGCGGAUGCCGCGGGGCCACCAGUGGCUCGCGGCCGGCUGAGCGGCUACGCGGAGCGACGAGCGCACGGCGCGGCCGGCGAUGUGAGGCGGCGGGCCGCGCGCCACAGCGAGCCGGCCAGAUGUCGGCGCCCCGGCGGGCCUGCGGCCUGGCGGUGCUCCUGGCGCUGCUGGGGGGCCGCGCCUCCGGUCUCGUGCCCCCGGCCGCCCCCGGCGCGGGCUGCAAGCUCAGCGAGCACAGGUGCGCCAGCAGCCGCAGCUGCAUCGCCCAGGACCGCUUCUGCGACGGCGAGAACGACUGCGAGGACAAGAGCGACGAGCCCGUCUACUGCACGCCCUGCAACCGCACUCUCUACGGCGACGUGGGAAGGACUUACGAGCUGCAGGUCCGCAGGCCGCGGGAGGAGCGGCUGCCGUUCCUCUGCCACCUGAACUUCACGGCGACCGGAGGCGAGCUGGGCGACCUCGUGCAGCUGACGUUCGACACGUUCACGGUGGGCCGCUUCCAGUCGUUCACCUCGGAGGGAUGCCCUGACGGCCACAUGAGCAUCAAGGAGGAGGGCCGGCCGGCGACCGGGGGCCAGUGGUGCGGCAGCGCCUGGGGUUACACGGUCUACUACAGCGAGACCCGCUCCAUCAACUUGACUCUCUAUCUGUCCCGUCUAUCUGGCCAGGGUAACGACUACAACUUCGACUUCAAGCUGUCGUACAAGUUCCUGAAGCGCAGCGAGGCCCACCUGCGCUACGGCAACAGCAGCAUGAGCACUUGGCGGGGCGAGCUGGUGAACGCCACCUACUGCGACCGCGUGUUCACCAGGUGCGACGCGCGCGCCUGCCGGCUGCAGUCGCCCAACUACCCGGGCGUCUACCCGCGCAACGUCACCUGCUACUACCGCGUGGAGCAGAAGCGCGCGCCCCCGGGCCACCGAGCCCUGCUCGCGGUCAGCCAGCGCAACAGCCACAAGAUACACAUCAAGGACCAGGUGAACAAGUACGACACCAGCCAGCGCACGCUCAGGCUCUGGGACCAGUGCAACGUCGUGCAGGACUACCUCACCGUCUACGACGGCGGCUCCACCCAGGACCGCGUGCUCGUGCGGCUCUGCGGCGGCGACGCCGUGCCCGACAUCGUCGGCAGCAAGGACGUCAUGCUGCUCGAGUUCCACACCUCGCCCUACGACAACCCCUUCCAUCCCGUGCCGCUCUCCUUCCUGCCCGGCUUCGAGCUCGAGGUUCAGGUCAUCUUCGUGGACGAGCGCUCGACGGCGAGCUUCGUGGUGAAGGACCACGAGAAGUGCGACUUCUACAUCAGCAGCUACGAGGGCCCGUACGGCGUGCUGGAGAACCCGAAGCACUCGCUGCCGCCCAACACCACCUGCCGCUACCACUUCCAGGGCAAGCCCAACGAGAUCGUGUGGCUGGCCUUCGUCAAGUACAACGCGGCCUGGGCGGGCGCGGAGCUGGGCUCGGCGGGCGGCGCGGCCGCGGCGGGCGGCGGCGGCGCGCGCUCGCCCAGCCCGCACCCGCAGCAGGGCGCCGAGUGCAACGUGAAGCUGCUCAUCUGGGACGGGCAGCGGCAGCCGGCGCCCAACGCCACCAGCGCCCGGCAGCAGUUGGCCGAGGCGCGGCUGCUGGGCGAGUUCUGCAAGGACGAGAGCCCGCGGCUGUGCGACCACAGCCUGCUGCGCAACGCCAGCCGCCAGGCGCGGCCCUGCUCGCUGUCCGAGAGCUACGUGUCGCGCGGGCGCUACCUCACGCUCGAGCACCUGCUGCGCCAGGGCUCGGCGCUCUACCCCGUGUCCUUCGUGCUGCGCUACGAGUUCGUGCACGAGGCCACCACCUGCGACCGCGUGUUCCGCGCGGCCGGCCGCGCCGAGGCCGAGCAGCCGCAGGCCUUCGGCUCGCCGCGCAACGUCUUCUUCUACGGGCGCGGCGGCGCCCAGAACCUCAGCUGCGUCUACAGCUUCGAGCCCGGCCCCGAGCACAGGCUCGAGCUGGCCAUCAACCGCGCCAGCUUCGGCAGCCGGAACUGCUGGUCCUGGAUCGACCCGCUCGUCAACAGGUGGACCUGCGAGAGAGCCGACCGCGACGGCGAGGGCCUCGCCGAGCUGCGGCUGUCCGAGUACCCGUGGCAGGGCGUGCAGCUGCCGCGCGACUGCCUGUGCUCGAACCUGAGCGAGCGGCUGGUCUUCCAAAGCCUCUCGUCGGCCCCGCUGGAGCUGACCUUCACGGUCGAGCGCAUGAACGUGACCCAGGACUACGAGGACUUCUUCUUCGAGGCCGAGUUCCGGUUCGCGCCGGCGAGCGAGCCGCCCGCGGGCGCGGCCGGGCGCGAUGGGCGCGACGGGCCCGCCGGCCGGCAGCCGGCGCAGCAGCCCACGAGCAGCACGCGCGCCGGCAAGCAGCACGCGCGCCAGCAGCAGCCGCGCCACCGCUGCCACCACGCCUCGCGGCUGCUGGGCGAGGCGCCCGCGGGCCGCCUGGAGGAGCGCCGGCUGCGCGGCACCAGCGGCGAGAUCGCGCUGCGCAGCCCGCCCAAGGCGCCGGCCGCGGGCUCGGAGCCGCUGGCCGCGCUGGCGACCAUCGACGAGGAGGUCGCGGCGGCGAGCGGCGAGCGCGCGCGCGCCACCGAGGCGGCCCCGGCCACGGGCCUCGCCGCCGAGGUGACGCGCUGCGUCAACGAGCCCUGGCUCAUCGAGCCCGAGGACUCGCGGCUGCACUUCCUCUACCUGAAGACGCCGGGCUUCCGGCUGACGCGGCGCAACCUGCAGGACUGCCCGACGCGCAACCGCAUCGUCGUCUACCCGGCGGCGAGCCCGCGCGAGCGCACCGUCGUCUGCCCGGCCGAGGGCAACCUCACGCUGCACGAGCAGCAGCGCGUGGUCGACCUCAUCAGCGGCGGCUGGAACCGCAGCGCCUCGGCGGCGCGCGCCGCCCUCGAGGGCCGCGCGCCGCCCGAGCGCCCGCUGCCCCAGCACCAGCAGCAGCACGCGCGCAGCUUCGUGGUCGAGUUCCUGCAGCGCGAGCCCGGCGCCUACAUCGUCACCUGGAUGGCCAUCUCCAAGCGGCUGCUCUCGCAGCCCAGCAACAACUUCUUCGGCAACGCGCUGGCGCCGUCCGCCGCCGACUGCCCCUACAGGUGUCCGGAGCUGGAGGCCUGCAUCAGCUCGGUGCUCUGGUGCGACGGGGUGCGCCACUGCCCCUCGGGCUUCGACGAGCGCGAGGAGAACUGCUCCUACCGCCUCGGCCUCACGCUGCUCUACGUGGCCGUGGGCGCGGGCGCGCUCGGCAUAUUCCUCAUCUUCCUGCUGGCCACCGGCUGCCUCAAGUACUGCCUCUACCGCCGGCGCCGCCUGCAGCGCCGGCACCUGCGGAAGAAGCUGCCGCCCCAGGCGGUCACCGACGAGCAGCAGCGCAGCAUCCAGAAGAAGAAGGUGCAGGUGCUGAGCGUCAACCAUCUGAACAGCCCGACCGGCCGCCCGGCCAACCGCAACAACGGCAGCCUCGAGUCUCGCCAGCAGGACGCGCAGCCGCAGCCGCAGCCGCAGCAGCAGCAGCAACAACAACAACAACAACAGCAGUCGCAGCAACAGCAGCAGCAGCAGCAGCAGCAGCAGCAGCAGCAGCCGCAGCCGCAGCCGCAGCAACAGCAACAGCAGCAGCCGCGCUACGCGAACGCGGCGUUCGCCCGCAUCGGCCGAUACCCGACCAACAGUCUGAGCAGGCAGCACCAGCAGCAGCAGCUGCAGUCGCGGCUUCGCGGCGGCCAGCUCGACGAGGAGGACGACGACGACGAGUUUGCCGCCGGCAGCUGCCCCAAGGACAGCAUCUGUUGACAGUACGCCGACUUCUACGGCGACGUCAUGGAGACGACCGUCUGAUCGGAUCACACGCCUCUCGCAACCCCCGCCCACAGCAGCCCCGAGCCCGCCUGAGUCGCCCGCGUGCCGAGGCAUCGCGGUCGACUCGCCUGUCCGUCGACGCGGCGCCGCGCGGUCAGCCAGCCGCCGCUGCGAGAGCCGUGCCGAUUCUCGCUCCAGCUGCCAAGCCGUUCGCUGGGUCGCUCGGCGGAGCUACCGCGGCGCUCUCGCGCGCUGCGUCUCGGCACAACGAACACGCGUGGAAUAGCACUCGACUCGAUAAUCGCAUGCUUCAUCCGCGCGCGACGAAGACAGCUGUGAUCAGCCUGGGACAUCCGUUCCUUUUACCGUACGCGUUCAACGACGAAGCAUCAACGACUCGUUCCAGCGACUUUCACCUGAGAUUUGUUUCGACGAUUAAAUUUGUAUCAAUUGCGAAUGCUGCUCUGGCUGUGCAGUCGAGCGAUCAUGUGUAUGACAAGAAUGGAAUAAGUGAGAUAACAAGGAUAACGAACAAAUAUAUAUAUAUAUAUAUAUAUAUAUAAAUGUGUGUAUAUGUUUAUAUAUAUAUACAUAUAUGAUUAUACUAACGAUUACCGGAAUAUACAUAAAGUAAAGGAAUAAAUAAAAUAAAUAAAUGAAUAAAUAUAUAUUGCUAAAUGAGGAAAAGCGAGAAACAGAUCGAGCAUACGGCAAUUUUAUAAUAGAGCAGGCGUCUACACGAUAUACGCGGACACACACACACACACACACACACACACACACACACACACACACACACACACACACACACACAUAUUGAAUUGAGAAGACGAGUAUCUAUAUAUAAAUAUCAUUAUUAAUACGAAUCUUCCGCAAGACUAGUCCUCGGCCGAGAAUCGUCGCCCUAACAACAUGUAACUGACGAGGACGUCGCACGAUCGUUAAAUUGAAUUCGCACGCGCACUCCGAUCAGCGGAUCGAGUCGAGCGGCGGGUAAUCGGUCCCUCUCGCGUGCGCACACUCCUCCGAUACAACGAACGUGACGGUGUUGGAAAGGGAAGAAAAAAAAUGAAAAGCCGGCCGCGCGACACCGGCGAACUCCGCGAGUGGGGCGCAACGAAGCAGACCGUAACGAGAAGGAGGCGCAGUCAGGGACAAAUACGCGAGAGUGCACGUGUAAUUAGGCGAGCGGUGAACGGCCGCGAGGCGGCGCU